GGUAUUCCCGGUGCCAUGCGCCCCGCGGGGCUCUGCGCGCUCUCUUUGGCCGCUCUGGGGCUGCUGCGGCUGCUCGGGGCUCCCUGGGGCUGGAGCGCGGCGGCCGCGCUGGGGCUGGGGCUGGGAGGAGGAGGAUGGAGAGGAGUCCGGAUCCUGCUCAAAACCGGACCCCGGGACCUCUUCGGGCUCUGGGUUCUCCUCCGCGUCCGGCUGAACCUGCGGCGCUUCGGCCGCUCCGGCCGCUCCAUCCCGGCGCUGUUCCAGGCCACGGCGCGGCGAUUCCCGGACAAGGCCGCGCUGGUGGACGCCGCCUCCGGCUCCGUCUGGACCUUCCGGCACCUGGAGGAAUUUUCCAACGGCGUCGCUCACCUGUUCCGGGCGCUGGGCUUCGGCUGCGGGGACGUGGUGGCCGUUUUCAUGGAAUCCCGGCCGGAAUUCGUGGGGAUCUGGUUGGGUUUGGCCAAGGCCGGGGUGGAGGCGGCGCUGCUCAGCUCUCACCUGCGCGGGGCGGGGCUGGCGCACGCCCUCACCUGCGCCGCCGCCGCCGCCGUCGUGUUCGGGACUGAGCUGGGGGCAGCUCUUUCCGAGGCCGGCUCCCUGCUGGGGCCGCGCCUGGAGAAGUUUUCCUGGGGCUCCGAGGAUUUGGGGCCGAUCCCGGCGGGGUCGCGGCCCCUGGAGCCGCUCCUGGAGCGAGCCCCGAAAUCCCCCCCGGGAAACGGCCCCGGGAAGGGCCUGGACGACCGGCUCUUCUACAUCUACACCUCGGGCACCACCGGCUUGCCCAAGGCGGCCAUCGUGGUGCACAGCAGGUAUUACAGAAUCGCCGCCUUCGGUUAUUUCGCGUUUCGGAUGCGCCCCGAUGACGUCAUCUACACCUGCCUGCCGCUCUACCACUCUGCAGGGAACAUCAUGGGGGUGGGGCAGUGCCUCCUCCACGGCCUCACCGUCGUCAUCCGCAAGAAAUUCUCGGCCUCCAGAUUUUGGGACGAUUGCGUCAAAUAUCGCUGCACGGUGAUCCAGUACAUCGGGGAGCUGUGCCGGUACCUGCUGGCCCAGCCCGUGGGCGAGGCCGAGCUGCGGCACCGGGUCCGGCUGGCGCUCGGGAACGGCCUCCGGGCUCAGCUGUGGCCGGAAUUCCGGCGGCGAUUCCGGCUGCGCCAGAUCGGGGAAUUCUACGGAGCCACCGAGUGCAACUGCAGCGUGGCCAACCUGGAUGGGAAGGUGGGCGCCUGCGGCUUCAACAGCCGCAUCCUUCCCAACGUUUAUCCCAUCCGCCUGGUCAAGGUACACCCGGACACUCUGGAGCUGCUCCGGGAUUCCCGCGGCCUCUGCAUUCCCUGCAGCCCAGGGGAGCCGGGGUUGCUCGUGGGCCGCAUCGACCAGCGGGAUCCCCUGCGCCGUUUCGACGGCUACGCCAGCGCCGGCGCCACGCGCAGCAAGAUCGCCCGCGACGUCCUGGCCAAGGGCGACCAGGCCUACCUGUCCGGGGACGUCCUGGUGAUGGAUGAUUUGGGAUACCUGUACUUCCGAGACCGGGGCGGCGACACCUUCCGCUGGCGCGGCGAAAACGUCUCCAGCACCGAGGUCGAGGGCGCCCUGAGCCGCCUCCUGGAGCAGACCGACGUCGCCGUCUACGGCGUCGAAAUUCCCGGCGUGGAGGGCCGGGCGGGCAUGGCGGCCAUCGCGGAUCCCGAGGGCCGGCUGGACGUGGCGGGGCUGUACCGGGCGCUGACGCCGCUGCUGCCGCCGUACGCGCGGCCCGUCUUCCUGCGCCUGCGCCCGCGCCUCGACAGCACCGGCACCUUCAAGCUGCAGAAGACGCGGCUGCGGGGGGAGGGCUGGGACCCCCGCCUGGUCCCCGAUCCCCUCUUCGUGCUCGACCCCCAGCGCGGCCGCUACGUCCCCCUGGACGCCGAGACCCACGCGCGGCUCUGCUCCGGGAAAUCCGGCUUCUGAUUCCCGGGAAUGC